CCGUGGCUGUCAAGCAGCGCCGAAGAAUUGGAAGGGCAAACGCUGGCAAGGCAGGGAAGGACCAGCACAAGACGGCGUUUUGUAGCCGGGGGGGGGUUGCAUUUAGAUUUAGAUUAUAAGUGACAGGCGAAACCUUGUUUAUUUGCAAGCUGAAAUUAAAGUACGCAAAGUUUUUUUUUUUCCUAAACGAUUGCAUAUUCCAGAGGUAUAUAUGGAUAUAUUUCGGCUAGACGCGUUUUGUUUGUUACGAAGAUUUUUCAAAUUAGAAGGACUUGCAAGAGGAACAAUAUGUUUGGUGCACAUUUCAGCCUGUUGAUGAUGGAAAAAACUCGAGAGAGGACAGGAUCGGAUCCUGUGUCCAGAAGUGAAGAUAGUAGCAUUAAAUUUGUCAAAUGGUGAACUGAAGAUCUUUUGGGGGGGAAAAAGAUGUGUUUUGGGCGGAAAUAAUUUCUGUGGCAAGCUUGGCCGAACAAUGGAUAAAGCAGUUGCACUCACUUUUUCUGAUAUAAUAGAGACUACUUCAUUUGGAAUGGAGGAAAAGUGUAAAGUUUUUGUAAAUGGAGGGAUGGUAGGAUUACAAUGAGGGGAACUCAACGCAGGACAUACAGCGUAAGGAAUUUAGUCGCCAAACUAGAUUUGCCUCUAGACGUAUGUUUUUGCAAGAGAAUCGUGUCUUUGCAAAGCAUAUGUCAUUUAGUUAAGAGGCGACUGAAAGAAAUCGCUUUCCUAGUUGGAGGGUGGGGAAAGACAUUAUUUACAGUCUCUGUGAGGGGAAAUUGGUGAAUUAAAGGAAGAAUAAAAUCCUUAUCAGGGCACCCAGGGCAGAGGGGAAUCCUCGGAGGAGGGAGGGGGACACGAAGAAGCAAGAAAGAUCUGGCCGCAGUGUGGAGAAAGCAUGGGCUGCGCCUCCAGCAUCCAUAUAUCGGAUAGGGUGGUGUAUCACAGCGGAAAAGAGGCGGAGGAUUCGCACCCACCGCCGCCGCCGCAGCAGCACAGUGCCGCCUUACAGGCGCGGCAGCAGAGAAACUCCGUCGUCGGCUCCUCCGCAAAAGCCGCCGCUGGUAAGAACAGAGUCAAGGAGGUUCAGUUUGGACCAAUGAAGCUCUAUCAAGAUCAGCUCCAGGUCAUGCUGGUGUUCGCCAAGAACGACGGGCAGUGCGGCGGCUUCCUGCGGGCCUGCGAGAGGGCAGGCCUCAGGUGCAGCGUGGCCAGGACGCCGGAGGCUGCGCUGCAGCUCUUCCUGGAGACGCACCACGACGUUGUGAUCGUGGACCGCAGGCAUAGCCGACGCCUUGAUGCUGAUUCCGUGUGCCGGGCGAUUCGAGCCGUGAAGUCUUCAGAGAACACCGUCAUUGUUGCCGUGGUGAAGAGGCCAGAUCGAGAGGAAGCCUCUGUGAUGCCACUGAUUACUGCUGGAUUCAACAGGAGCUAUGUGGAGAACCCCAACGUCAUGAGCUGCUACAACGAGCUGAUCCAACUAGAGCAUGGCGAGGUUCAGGCGCAGUUCCGGCUCAGAGCGUGCAGUGCCAUCUUCACUGCGAUGGAGCAGAGUGAAGAGGCCAUCGAGAUCACCAAUGAAGACAAAGUGAUUCAGUAUGUAAACCCCACCUACGAGGCCAUGAUGGGGUACCAGCAGGGGGAGCUGCUGGGGAAGGAGGUGAUGGAGGUGCCCGAAAGUGAGAGCAAGCCCGACCUCCUGGAGACCAUAAACUCCUACAUCCAGAAAGGAAAGGAGUGGCAGGGUGUUUAUUACACCAAGAAGAAGAACGGGGACAGUGUGCAGCAGGACGUGAGGAUCACGCCGGUGACCGGGCAGGGGGGGAAAAUCAGGCACUUUGUUUCCAUUAACCGGCCAUUAAAUGACAGUAAGAUGGAUACGUGUGGGGGCCGCGUCCCAGCGGAAUCCCAAACAGACAUCCAGUGCAGCAAGCACAAAGAUUGGAGGAAAGGCUCGCUCGAUGUCAGGUCCACCACCUCUCGGGGAAGUGAUGGCAGCUCACAGAAACGGCACUCUUCUAUGGCCCGGAUUCACUCCAUGACCAUUGAGGCCCCCAUUACCAAGGUGAUCAACAUCAUCAAUGCGGCCCAGGAGAGCAGCCCCGUGCCGGUGGCCGAGGCCCUGGACCGCGUGCUGGAGAUCCUGCGAACUACAGAGCUCUACUCCCCCCAGCUGGGCAGUAAGGAGGAGGACCCCCACACCAGUGACCUUGUCGGGGGGCUGAUGAUGGACGGCUUGCGGAGAUUGUCAGGAAAUGAACACAUCCUCGCCACCAAACAGUCCCAACAUGGCCCCAGUCACAUGAUCACCCCGCUGUCGCUCACCGACAUCCCCCAGCGUGUGGCCCAAGCCAUGGAGAACGAGGAAUCUUGGGACUUUGACAUCUUCAACCUAGAGGCGGCCACCAUGAAACGGCCGCUGGUGUACUUGGGGCUGAAGGUGUUCUCACGCUUCGGGGUUUGUGAGUUCCUCCACUGCUCGGAGGCGACGCUGAGGGCCUGGCUGCAAGCCAUCGAGACCAACUACCACAGCGGGAACCCGUACCACAACUCCAGCCACGCCGCUGACGUCCUGCACGCCACCGCCUACUUCCUGUCCCGGGAGCGUGUGAAGGCCAGCCUGGACCCCAUCGACGAGGUGGCGUCUCUGAUUGCGGCCGCGGUACACGACGUAGACCACCCGGGCCGCACCAACUCCUUCCUGUGCAACGCGGGCAGCGAGCUGGCCGUCCUGUACAACGACACGGCCGUGCUGGAGAGCCAUCACACCGCCCUGGCCUUCCAGAUCACCACCCGCGAUGGAAAGUGCAACAUCUUCAGGAACAUGGAGAGGACUGAGUACCGCACGCUGCGACAGGCCGUCAUCGACAUGGUCCUGGCCACUGAGAUGACCAAGCACUUCGAGCACGUCAACAAGUUUGUGAACAGCAUCAACAAGCCGCUGGCUGCGCUGGAGGAGAACGAGGGAAGCGGGGAGGAGUCCAUGAAGACGAUCCUGACGUCCCCCGAAAACCGGAUCCUCGUGAAGCGCAUGCUCAUCAAAUGUGCAGACAUCUCCAACCCGUGUCGGCCGCUGCGGCUCUGUGUGGAGUGGGCGGGCCGCAUUUCCGAGGAGUAUUUCGCUCAGACAGAAGAAGAGAAGAGUCAGGGGCUGCCUGUGGUGAUGCCCGUGUUCGACAGGAACACCUGCAGCAUUCCCAAAUCCCAGAUCUCCUUUAUUGACUACUUCAUCACGGAUAUGUUUGAUGCCUGGGAUGCCUUUGCUGACCUUCCCAACCUCAUGCAGCACCUAGACAACAACUUCAAGUAUUGGAAAAGCCUAGAUGAGCGCAACCUGCGCAGCCUGGCCCCCCCACCGGAGUAGCUGUUUUGUGGCGCCUGCGCAGCCUGGGACCCCCCCAGAUCGAGUAGCUAUCCUGUAGCGCCCACAAAGGCGGCUGUGGAGAAGGAGCAGUUCCUUUGUCCUCUAGCUGCGCAUUGUUGCAGAUUGUGACCGGGACACAGGCACAGCCCCCACGUUAUGGAAUCGCCCAGAAGAGGUGGCGACGGACGACUAAAGCCCCACAACUUGAAUGGGCCGACGUUGAGGAUAAGCGGGGCAUGGAGUGGGGUGGCGGGGGGGUUUGCUGACCAGCCCGGAGAGGAGAUGGCUGCCUCCCUGGAUGCCUUUGAGGGGUGUGAACGGGAAUGUGAGAGACUGGAUGAUCUGUCACACAGGAUCCAUGCUGUAGUACUGCAGUGUGUCCCUACUUUUGCCUGUUUCUGUUUAAUCCCCUGAUUUUUUUUGUCCCCCCCCCCCCCCAAACUGUUUCAGUAUAAAGCAUCCAGCUGGGAGUCUGUAGAGUUGGCUUCUCAGUUUGGGGCCGUCAUCGUAAGGCCCACAGAUGGAUUUUUCCAUCCUGCCCAUUGACUUUCGGCCAACAUGUUCGGUGUAUUUAUUUUCUUGUAGGCGUUUGAUAUUUCCUGCGAGGUUAGAGAAUUGACUCAUAAAUAAUAAACUUAAUGAAAAAUAAGUGCUAAGCCAAAGCCUUGAGGUUCGUAUCCGUCAGCAUACAUUUCAUUGAUACCUAUAUGUUUAUUUUUGCAAUGUAACAGGAUACCUUUUAUGAUGCACUGUAAACGACAAUGAAAAUGUACAGCUGGGACACCCCAUGCUGGGCCUGGUCACAUGACCACGUGAGUGUGGGUGUCCCUGUGGUCCGUCUGGACGUGUGAUGCCUGAGAGAUGCUGCGAAAGCGCGUGGCUUCCAGUGACCGAAUCGUGAAUGAAAGUGUUCAGGACUUGAAUUAAUUUUUUUGUACUUGAUGAUAUAAUCUACUGAGAAAACUGCCUUAUUUUAUACUAUAUUUAUACACUGUAUCCCACUGUGUAAAUACAAAGAAUGUCUGGACUUGGUAAUUUAGUCAGAAGUAGUAUUAUGACAAAGCUAUUUUUAUAGACUGUUUGGAUUUGACACUGGAGUAACAGAAGAGACCAUAAACCGUGCAGAACUUAA